AAAAAUUAAAAGGGCAUUUACUUGCCACAUUUUAAAAUUAAGUUGAUGUUACAUGAUCAAAAUUCAUGAUUUAAAUGACAAUUACCCUUACUUUUAUUGAUUCCUUGUUUGCAGUUGAAGGCAUGGACAUCUUAAUCAGGAUAACAAACCAUUAUACCUUUUCUGCCUCUAAAGCAACUAGACAUGUUGUGAACUCCACACAUAAUAUGUUUCAAUGCAUCAAAAUGCACUACACUAUUUCCAGGUAAAUCAGAUUGCAAUCUUCUACAAUGGCAGCUGCUACCAUAGAAUUUAGCAGUUUCAUUUCAAGGCAGUUUAUACCAACAAAAGGAACAUCAAAGCAUUCCAUUCCCACUAUCCCAAUGAGAAAAUCGAACCUAUUUCAACCACUAGAGAUUAAGAUGGCGCCUCAAACCCGCUCAAACAAGGCUACAAAGAGAAAAUCAUUUAAGCUAUUUGUGGUUCCACCUAGAAGUCCUGCAUUCGACACGAGUUCACCUUCUCCUGCUCAAACAGUCAUGCAGUUCUACUCUUCCAUUAACGAAAAGAAUUUGAUGCAAUUGGACAAGUUGAUAGCUCAAGAUUGUUGCUUCGAGGACUACUCAUUUCCUAAGCCGUUCCACGGGAAAAAGGAGGUGAUGCAUUUCCUGGAGCAACUUAGCAUGUGCAUGGGCGACUACAAAAACAUGCGAUUUAACGUGGAGCUCAUAUGUGAAGGGAACGACUCUACAGUUGUGGUCAAUUGGCACUUGGUUUGGAAAAAGAUACAGGUCCCUUUUACCAGAGGAUGCAGCUAUUUCUCACUAUCAGAAAACGAUGAUAAACUACUUAUCAAGAAAGCUCAAGUUCUCAUUGAAUCACCUAUCAAACUAGGUUUUGUGGCACUGGCUAUAUUCAAGACUGUGAGCUCGCUAUUCGAUGCAUUCCCAGCAGCUACAGAGUGUAUGCAAGCAUUCCCAUUUCCCAUUCUCAACUGUUAUACACAUCCUACUAACACAACAUCACCUGCUCAUGCAGGGUUCUUAAAGAGUCCGCAUACUAUGUUCCGACUACUACUAAAGGCAUACAACAUAGGCGUACAGCCCGUGAUAACCCCGUUCCUGGCCUGGUACAUCAAGCUACUAAACCUCACAGCUUGCAUUCUAAGCACUACCCUCAAAAUUCUCUAUUACCUAGCAAAGAUUUUUCACAUGUAAUCCACAUUACACAGUCAAUAACUAGUAGAGAAAAAGAGGAUUACAUGUCACCUAUCAGUCGUCAUUGUUAUCCGCCUUAUUCAGAGAUUCGAGCAUUGAGAUGGCUACCAAUGAUCCGAGAACCGGAGGCAGCGGCGGUGGCCUGCUGAAAGUGACAAUGGGUUCAGCCUCUCCCUUAUUUACGCAUGCUUCACCACCAUCUUCAUUUCCUUGUUUUCUAGGCAUCAUUGUGCCCACUGAUGCAAAAUUAGGGCAAUCGCCUAGUUAUAAUCGUGCAUUUUUCAUUCUAAAUCAAUAAAAAAUUGAUGAUAAUCAGAAACAAUUGAAUUACCC